GCGACUCUGUCCCUGCACUAGCUCAACUAAGUGCCGCACGUCAUCCUCGCGCGCUGGAAGAUUUUGGAGGCAACGACAAAGUUAACGCGGGCGAGGCGUGUUUCAUUUUCACACACGCGUUCGAGAUGUCUGACAAGGAACCAAGUGGCGGCGAUGGGAAAACGGCGUCUGCCGACAGCAGUGCAUCCUUGGACGCUAUCGUGUCCGAAGAGGAAAAGCAACUGGCCACAUCUGCAGCGACCGACUUCCAUGCCGGCAAGUACAGCGCCUGCCUAGAGACGUUGGACAAGCUUCACGCGUUGAGGCCAACGGACCCCAAAGUGGCGCACAACCGGGCAGUGGCUCGUUACCACGCGUCUUUGGUGAGCAUGGAGGAGUUCGGGCGCGAGCUUGUCGAAAGUUCGCCGCAACUGACGGACUCGCUUGACGACAUAGAUCAGUGCAUUCCGUUCUUCAACCACGCUGUGGCCCUCUUCCACGCGCAGCAGUACCGCCGAGCCUUGGCCAUAUUAGACCGCUUGUUCCAGUUCAUAGAGCCCAUGGAUGAGACCGUGGCCCGAAAGAUGUGCUUCCUCCACAUCGAGCUAUGCCUUUGCCUAAAGCAGCCAGAGAAGGCCCUGGCCACCGUCGCAUACCUCGAAAAUCUCGUGUUUAAGGCGGACAGCACAGCAGCGGACGCCGACGCGUGCCGUGUGCAGCUCUACAAGACGCGCUGCCUCAUCAUGAUGCGCUCGGUGAAGGCCAGCAAGCGUGAGAUCAAGAAUCUGGUCAGCUCGUCAGCGGGGAGCAGCAGCCAGACGGUGUUCCUGAGGAGUCAGCUGGAGUUCCUCCGAGGAAACUACCGCAAGGCCGUCAAAGUUCUGGCCACGGUGCAGGCAAACGAUGCGCGCACUGCCGCCAUGUACCACAACAACCUCGGCUGUGUCCACUUGUGCUCGGGCAAGCCGCACCUGGGCAGCUACAACUUCGCUAAAGCCCUCAACACCUACGUCGAGAGCAGCUCCAAGCUUGACGGCCGGCUCUACUUCGAUCUGCUGUACAACCUCGGCCUGCAGAACCUGUAUUGCGGCAAGUACACGUCCGCUUUCGAUUGCCUCGUGGAGGCGGUGCGCAUGCAGCCCACCAACUCUCGGCUCUGGCUGCGCAUCGCCGAAUGUUGCGUGAACCGGCACAAAUUGGACAACUCCACCGAUUUCCAGCUCAAGGAUCGCAAGCGGUACAUGGUGAGCGGCACCGCAGGUGCUGGCCCGCACCGCAAGAUCAUCCUGGCACCCAGCAUUUCGACCUGCAAGCGCACGCCAGCCGUUGGCUCGGCUGCCAUUCCGGUUCCCACCCUGGAGUUUGCUGCUCUUUGUCUGCGCAACGUGCUGCAGAUGCUUCCUGAAGCUCUACAAGAAGCAGAAGAGCGAAAUUCGGCGCUUGCCCUGGCCGCCUACGUGGCGCUCUGCCUGGAUGACCCCCGGAUGGCACUGAAGCACGCUAAGGAUCUACUUGCCCAGCCCAAAGUGACUGGCACACACAGCUUCCUGGCGCAUCAGUACGCUGCCGAAGCGUUGCUGCUGCUCGACGGUGUCAGGGACGCCAUCGAACACCUGAACCCAGACUUAAUCAAGGAUCUGUCGUACAGUUUCUCCGAGCCCGAGGAAACCAAAGGAAAAGAUAACGACAAAACAAUGGAAGAAAACGGAAAAGCGUACAGGAAGCCGUGGUAUCCAGCCUCUCCUUCCAUGGCCAAGGUGGUCAGCCUAUACAAUUUGGCUGUAGCGUACACUCUGAGGGGUAGUCUAGGAAAAGCAACGGAGACACUCAGGUUGGUCAGUGUGCCAAAGGGCCCUGACCCUGAAAUACCCGUGCAGGCCCUUAUGUUGGCCGUAUACGUCCAACUUCAGCAGGGUCAUGCUGACUUGGCUAAGAAUAUAAUCAAACAACAUCUUCCCCAAUACAAGUAAGCUACGUGUGUCACCUUCAUCCUGGCUUAUAACUAAAAGUGGAGCUCAUCAUGCGGAAUAGCUUUUGUUUGCCUAAUACACAACAGAAACAUCUGUGGAGUACCAGUGUGCAGUUACAAAAAUAAGCAUUGCAGGCACUGUGUUUGCAGACAAUGCAGGCCAAUUUUUCUGAUGACUUCAUUGCAGGCCUUUUUAGGUGUUACAUUAAUGCUGUGUGGAAUGAUAUCCCACAUCUGAUGCAUUUUAGUUUCGUGAGAUGCGAGUGAUAACUACCAAAUUAAUGUACUGGCUUGCAAUUAUACUGGAAGCACUGCAACAUGGCUUAUGUGGAAAGUGACAGAAGGUUGUGCAGUAGUCUCUGAAAGUUCAGUUUGAUCAAGCAAUAUGCAGCGAUGCUUUAUCUUCAUUUGCCGGAUAGUGGCAGAGUGAUUGCCACGCUGUUUGACAUGACUCAAAGUGUGCUCUGUUUUAUGAUGUCUGUGAACUAGUCGCAAUUAAAUUGUACAUUUUCUACAAUUAACAGAGCUCUUGCCUGUCUUCGUAUUUUAACAUGUGGAAAUCGUAGUUCUGUUUUUGUCAUGUAGGUACAGAAAUACAGAAGCAUCUUUUACUACAUAUUUAGCAUGAAUGACUUGCUUGGCCGUAAACAGCACAGCUAUGCCAGAAAAUGAGAUCGUAAGUUAAUGGCAAACAUAUAACGAGGUAUGUUCUCCUUCUUUACGGCACAAAUGUGGUUAUAGAGAUUAAUGGUGGUGGCACUUGUAAAAAGGCUGUGUUCGACGUGAAAUCCCUGAAAUAUUUGCAGAUUAGAAUGCCCAGGCAUCGAUUUUUAUGUGGUAGGUGAAGUCAAAAGGACCGGCAUCUGGCCAGAAUGUGUGACUGAAUCUUUGUGGAAACGAAAAGAUGGUGACGUUCAAGUGUAACAUACUUGAACGUGCAUUUCGAGGUUUUGGUUGGCUUAUAUAUUUCAAUUUUAUUAAAAGCUACAACAAACCUGAAUGCCUUGCUGUCUAGCAGGUGUUGCACUAUGAAGUAAUUCUGUUUGCUGUACAUUGCCUGAUGCUUUUAUGCACCCCAUAAUUAGUGCUUAAGGUUGGAGUAUGUAUGUUAUUACCUGCUACACUUUAUUUUGUGCUGCUUACAAGGGAAAUAAUUGACCCUUAGAAGUGAUUGUGGCGGCUGGUGGAAGAUUUUGAGCUGCGGUGCAUGCACAACAAUCCGCAGUGCAGAGACUUGGAACUGCUGUCAUGCUCAUGUCCAAUUGCUUGCAGUUUGGUUGUAUGUACAAAAUCGCAGUCGCUGCAGAGUGAGAAAUUCUGGUUAUAAAUGUUUUGUACUGAUU